UACUUUUUAUAUCUGAUGCCACUCUAUAUCUCAUAAAAUAUUCAUAAAGCUUGUUUUUGUUACUGAGCUGGCGGUGUUGAAUUGAAGGUGAACAUGUUUGAACUGGUGUUUGUAAGAAGACUGUUGCAGUUGCAGUUACCAGAGCCUUUAAAAUACAGUCGCCACAAACUUUGUUCUUGCGGUUCACGUAAUAAAACAUUUAAACAGAUGUUGACACGUAUGCCUGAGCGAUAAAAUAACUCAGGCAUACGUGUGGAGUGUUUUGUGUGUGGGUGGGUGUGUCUGUCUUCUGUGUUUUCAACCUUUUCUUGUUUUUGCAGGUACAACUUUGAUUGUUUUGCUUGUAGUCAAUGUGUCUCAUGUACAGCUGCUUUGUAACAAUGAAAAUUGUAAAAGCGCUAUAUAAAUAAAGUUGAGUUGAGUUGAGUUAAUCGUUGUCUGGAAAUGGUUAUAAAGCAAUGCGGCAGCAAAUUCAUUUCUAUUUCAGAAAUUAAGAAAGGUUUUUUUUAGUGGACUCAACACCACAAGUGUAAAAGCACAGAGGAACUAUUCCGUCUGCAUUUCUGUUAGAGCAAAUUUUGUAAAGUUGAUAAAUGAUAAAAAAUUUGAAGUGCUUGUGCAUUGAAAAUGUGAAAUUGCACCAUGUGAGCUUUGAAUAAACGUAACGUUAUCGUCCGUUGUUCUGGAUGCUAAUAAGCUAUCGUUAUAGUUUUCGUUCUUGUUGAAAAUAGGUUUUUGUCUCGAUUGACUUGAGUCUCUUUGGGCUUUGUUCACCACGUUCAGAUUGUCUGAGCUUCAGGUUUCUCUUAAUCUGUUUUAGUCGAACACUAUCCGUCUAUUCCGGCGGCACAGGGCAGUAGUUUGACCAUGAAUGGCAGUGGCAGCCGCUGUCAGCGAGACUGAAUGUUCAGCCCAAGGUGUCGAGAGAACUUUCUGUUCUGAGCGAAGAGGUGAAAGCAAUCCGCUCUCUCUGUCGAGCAGGUUGACUCUUAGACCUCUUUGUUUGUGGCUAGUUGCUCAGGGGAUUUCUGAAGCCCAUGAGGAAAAUACUGAUUAAACUUAUAUAAUCUUCUGGCAGACGCGGCCUUUAGUGUUCUGCUGUUUUUUUCUUUUCCUUCUGUGUGGUACGUGAGUGUGUGUGAUUGUGCGUCUGUUUGUGUGUGUAUGGCUAGUCUAUAUAAUAUUUCAACACAUUGAUAGGACAAAUCUCUUCCUCUCCUAUAGUGUCACGUUCUCUAUCUAUCAGUCUCUCUCGCACACACAUUUACAGAUAGAGUAAACUUCACAGAAGUUUCACUAGAAAGAAAAAACUGGAAACUGCCCGAAGCUGUGAAAACUUCCUCAACCUGUUCUGAGCAUGAAGCAUUACUUUAAUGGAGUGACAAACAUCUGCUUGUUUGCUUUAACACCGUUGGCAUGUUAUGUGUAAAUAUACCUCAGAUUUCCUGGCUGAGAGGGGACCGUGCCUUUGCUGUGGCAGCUCCUAAAGAACGAUUUGCCGCUGUCUAUUAGACAGGCUUCUUCGCUUUCUUCAUUCAAAUCACUUUUGAAAACUCAUCUUUUCUUCUUGGCCUUUAAAACUUGAUGUUGACAUUUUAAUUGUUUUAGUGUAUGUGAUGUAUUUAUGUAUCAUGUUUUUUAAAGUUUUUAUUUAUUUAUUUUUCUGUACAGCACUUUGCUCCACUUAAGUGGUUGUAAAGUGCUUUAUAAAUAAAGUUUACUUUCUUGCUUGCCGGCCAGAUUUAGUCUACCGAGGAACUCGAAUUCAUCAUUACAUUUCCUUUUGAUUGAAAGUAGAUUUAGCAUUUUCAGAAGGAAAUGGUAGUCUUCGCAAAAAAACAUAAGUUUCCUGAUUAAUGAAAUGUUGAGUCGCCCCUAAAUCUUUAUCAUGACCCUCGACAUCUUUUUUCCUGUCUGCUGGGCCACACAUAAUUGCACAUUGUUUUUAUGCUGUCAUUGCUUUGAUAAAGUACAGAACAUUUUCAGACACAAUCACACCGUGGCAUCUACUGUUGAUGCUUUUUAUUAUUCCGGAUGCUUACUCAACAUACCACUGUGGAGGGAAACCCCAGAUUCCUGAAACGGUGUGAUGUGUCAGGUGUGUGAUGUGUUCAGUCAGUCAGAAGAUGUUCUGCCACCAGCUUCCAUUGCUUUAGUGUGGUUAAAUAUACAGGCCUCUGGGCAUUGCCAGAACAUGACAGUAAUGAAUGAAAACAUUGCAGAAACCAAUCUGUGAAAGGAGGAGGAAAGAAUUAGCCGCAGGAACAUUGAGCAAACUUGGUUCUCCCCACCUGUACAAUAUCUGCCAGCAGUUCUUAUUUGUAAUCACUGAAGGUGUGUCUCUUUGUUUUUUUGUAUUGCCCUCAUACUCCCAUUUUGGGACACGUUGAGAGGAUUUUGGUGAAGAUUCCCAAUCACGACUGUCCAUGCACUGCCACUUUUAAGUUCUUAUUCUUUGUUUUGGCUGUUUUGACUAGGCUACUUCUGCUCCCAAUUUUACCGAAUUACCUACAUUGACAUUUGGCUAUUAGAGCAACGUAUCAACUGACUCGGUUUAUUUGGAAAGCUCUUUGCAGGCUUGAGCUCAUUUACGCUUCUUUAUUUAGCCACUCGCAUAUGAUACUAUUUAUUCCAAUAAUAUUGACAUUAGCAAGUUCACGAUCUAAUGACAUGAUUUCGUAAGUUUACACCUGUGAUGACUAAAAUAGGUAGGUGGCGCACUAGGUCUAGUUGGGCAGUGCACUUGAAAUAUAGAUCAGAAUGAUUAGGCGUUGCAAAAUUUGACCUUUUACAGGUCCAGUGUAUGAAAUUAGCGGCAUCUAGUGGUGAGGCUGUGAAUUGCGACCAACAGCUCACUCCAGCUCGGUGUAAUUCUGUCCUCCUCUGCUCUAUUGAUUCACAGUAGCCAGACGGAGAAAUUGCCAAAACCUGCCCAAGUGUUUGUUUGCCUAGGUUGGAAUCAGUUGAAAACUGUUUUUAGACUGUCUGUCCUGCAGCGCUGCCAAGCACAGAAAUCCAACUCCUUCCUAAAUGAGGUGAUGCAAUGUUCGUUUUCAGUCACCCUCUGUCAAAGAACAGCCAAACUGAUGAUAUUCAGUGAAUAGUUUUACAGCAGACUCCUGACCGAGGGCAUAACGUCUGGACUGGUCCACAUUGCAGCAAAUUUUGACGAGGAAACUUCCACUUAGACAAAGAGACUAUCUGACCGGCAUGUGAAGUGACCAACCACACUGGUUUAUUUGCAGACGUUUAUACAGAGCUGUGAGUUUGUAAAUGUCCUCUGGUUUGUUAUGGAGUUGCGGUCUGUUUUUGUAGGCCACACAUGAAUCAGCCGUGUGUGGGCCAUUUUGGAUAGAGCCAGUGCAGUAUACGUACUGCGCAAAUUACUUGCAUUCAGUUGUAUGCAUUAAAAACACUCUUGCCAUUAGAACAUAGACACGUAUGUAAAAUGAUAAUUUGCAUGUUGGUAAUAUUUAUUUUCUGUCUCUCACUCCAUAGGUAUGCUAUACUCUGUGGCCUAACGGCAGAAUAUGAGACUACCAGGAAUAAGAUAAAAAAUGGCCAUCUUUUUAAGGAUCAUCUGGAUAAAGCAAUUGAGCUAAAACCCGAGGAUCCUGUGUCAUAUUACCUGUUGGGUCGCUGGUGUUAUGCUGUGGCACAGUGUACAUGGAUUGAGAGGAAAAUUGCUGCCACUUUGUUUGGAGAGCCGCCCAGUGCCACGGUCCAGGAUGCCCUGCAGAACUUUCUUAAGGCAGAAGAGAUCAGUCCCAAAUACUGCAAAUACAAUUAUGUGUAUUUAGCCAAGUGUUACAAAGACUUGGGUCAGAGGACUCAAGCCCGUCAGAUGUGCGACGCCUCCUCAGCGUUGAGCGUCGUGACUAAAGAGGACGAAGAAGCGCAGAAGGAAUUAAUCUCUCUUAUGUCAUCAUUAUAAUACAUUUUCAAAAAGAAAACAAAUGGUGUGCCAAGGAAAUUGAAGAAGGGCAGAAGGGCCACUGAUCUUGGAUUCUGCUGUCACUUCACCGAGGAUUGGAGAGUAUAGACCCCAUCAGGUGCUCUUUCUCUCUCUCAUUCUUACUGUCUCUCCCUUCUGGUGAUAGAAGUCUAUAUUUAUUCUGAGAGGGAAAAAGAUGAGGAAGCAGAGACUGCAGGAGGCCCACUGAGCUGAAUACAUCCCUCUAGUAACAUCAUGCCAGUGUCAUAAACUCAUACACGCUGUUACUUGCUAAAAUAUGUGCAUUGUUUGGGAAUGAGCAAUUUAUCAAAACAGGGAAUGAGAAGACUGCCAAGUCCAGCUAAGCCUUUGUGGAUUUAUGUAUAGAGGCGUUUUGCUGGACUGGGAAAAUUACUACACUAUGUGUGCAAACAUGCAAACCAGCACACGCCCGCACAAAAAAACAUGUACGUGCACAGCAAAAUCUGUGGAACAGCUUGGAGGAAGUGACAGAGGAGAAGACAUAAGACAUCUUGAGUGUAUCUUACUGUACUAUGAGCCAUGCAGAGACAUUCUGGCUUACUAGCUGUUACCAUAGCAACACUCGUACGCCAUUAUGAUGGCAAGGACCAGGACAACACAGGAAACAGAUUUAGUGAUUUAGUCAAAGUAAUUUGCUAGUGUGAAAUUUGAUAUGUUUGGCCUUCACAUAGAAACAAUGACAUGCAGAAGAAAUUAAAAACCCUGACUGUACUGAUGGCUUUCAUCUCUAUCAGUGGGUCAUUCUGGAUUCAGAUGGCAUCCCAUGAAAGCACAACCUUAAUGUUUUAACUCACCAGCCAAAAGAUUUUUAAAAGUAGGUUACUACUAAGUACUGUCUAUGACGUUUUGGAUAGGAAUUAUUUGAAUGCACAAAUAAUUUUGUUAUAAUUGUGAGGGUCCUUACUAAUAGUGAAAUACUGUAUGACAACCAACUUGUUAGGACAUUAAUAAACGAU